AUGUCGAUGCAGACUGCUACGGAAAAUGAGUCCUUGUUCGGUUCCGAGACAUAUCAGUGGGUAUUGAGACUUUUCAGCGUUGGCCGUGGUCAGCUGAGCCAACACUCGCAACCGUGGGUCUUCUAUGUCCUUGGAACAAAUCCUGUAUCUUUCAACAAUGAAGAGAAAAAUAAACUCAAUCUUAGAAUGAGGGCCAAAAAAUACAGUCAUUAUCCUGGAGUAGAAAUUUUCAGCCGAUCUCCCGGCAUCUGUGGCCAGAUAUUGUCGUCUUGGCAAGCCAACGUGCCUAGAAACAACUCUUCCGCGCCUCCGCAUCGAGUCCUCUCAAGACGGGAAGAUGGAGUCUUGACCAAGACUAUUCCCAUCAGCAUCAUGCCCUCGAGAAGUGACGGGGCAGAACUUCCCAACUUCACAUUGUUUGCACACGACAAGAGCCACGAGUCCUGUUCACUCAAGAUGAACCGUUGGACGAUAGAGCCUCACGCGAAAAAAGAGGAGGUCAAUGCCCUCGCAAUCUACCAAUCAUUACGUCUGAAACCAAGCAACAGCCAGCAGUGA